GACCAUUAGAAUACUUAAAAAACUACAAACUUUUGAAAAAGCAAACGUCCAUUGACAUUUGACAAGAUGCAAAGAUUUUUGCCACGCUUGUAGUCUAAAGCUAUACACACACUCAAAGGAGCUUGUUAAAAAGUCUGUUGUGCGUGCAGAAAGAUCUAGGGUUAGGGUUACUAAUUCGCUCAUCUUCUUCACCAGUUCUCGGUAAGUUGAAUCUGUAAGAGUAAAGGAUACUGGUGUUUUUGCGAGAAUGAGUGCGAUCGGGUUUGAUAUCGGGACCGAGAGCUGCGUUAUUGCUGCUGAAAAGCAUGGUGGAGUUGAUGUACUGUUGAAUUAUGGGUUGAAGCGUGAGACGCCCGCGGUGGUGUCAUUUAGCGAAAAUCAAAGGUAUUUCGGUUCUGCAGCGGCUGCAUUUGAUAACAACAAUCCGGAAUUAGCGAUUUCUCAGGUUAAGAGGUUAGUUGGCAGGAAGUAUAAGGAACCGAGUGUGCAGAAUGAUCUUAGGUUCUUACCUUUCAAGACUAGCGAGAGCCCUUUGGGUGGCGUUUUGAUUCAUGUUAACUACUUGAACAAGCUAUGGUUAUUCACGCCGGUGGAGAUUUUGGGGAUGUUGUUUGCGCAUUUGAAGCAAAUAGCUGAGAUAAACCUUGAUUCCCCUAUCAACGACUGUGUGAUUGGGAUUCCGUCGUAUUUUACGGACCUGCAGAGGCGCGAGUACCUUGACGCUGCAUCUAUCGCUGGUUUAAGACCUUUGAGGUUGAUCCAUGAGUGUACUGCCAUUGCGUUAGGUUACGGUGUGAAGAAGACCGACUUCCCUAGAUCAGGACCAACUACUGUUGUAUUUGUCAACAUCGGGCACUGCGACACUCAGGUGUCGGUUGUGGCUUUUGAAACCGGGAAAAUGAAAGUACUGUCACAUUCUUUUGAUGACAACUUGGGCGGUCGAGAUUUUGAUGACGUUUUGUUUAAACAUUUUGCAUCAAAGUUUAAAGAAGCAUACAAUAUCGAUGCUUGCUCGAGUGCUCAUUCGUUUACGAGACUUAGAGCGUCGUGUGAGAAGUUAAAGAAAGUUUUGAGUGAAAAUGCAGAAGCACGACUUAGUAUUAGAGGUUUAGUAGGUGACACAGAUGUUAGCGGACUCAUAACAAGGGAAGAGUUUGAGAUAUUGUCAUUGGAGUUGCUAGAAAGCAUUACCGCUCCUUGUAUUAACGCUGUAAAGGAGUCUGGCCUAAGUGUUGAUAAGAUAUACGCUAUUGAGCUUUCGGGUUCUGCAUCUCACAUACCAGCGAUUUCAAAAAAACUAACUUCCGUUUUAUGGAAAGAACCAAGGAGAAUACCGAACGUUAGCGAAUGUGUUGCUAGAGGAUGUGCACUUCAAUGUGCAAUGCUUAGCCGGCCAAAUCACCAAUUAAGAUAUUAUAAGGUUCAGGAUUUAUUUCCUUACACACUAGGAUUCAUUCUAGUCGAAGGCGUAAACAAAACACAACAAGAUUUUACGCUCUUUCCAAAAGGCAGCCCAUUUCCAAGUGACCGCGUGAUUCAGUAUCCAGGAAUACCACAAUGUAUUGAAGUCAUCUACACUAACAAGAUGGACUUUCCAGUUGAAGUUGGUCAGUUCAUGAUCGGUCUACCUUAUAUUGCAGAUCAAAAGGUGAAGACAGAACUUAGAGUGAAGCUUAACGAUCAUGGAAUUUUUGAAAUUGAAUCUGCGUCGCUUUUAGAAGAUCUAGGUGCUAGGAGUUUUUUUUCUCCCACAGAAAAGGUUUUGGCGAGUAAUGUUAUAAUUGACAAUCUCUAUGUGUCAAUGACAAAAGAAGAGCUAGCUGAAGCUCAAAAUAGAGAACAGAUGCUGGCAGAGCAGGAUAUAAAGGCUGAGCAUGCUAAAGAACAAAGAAACACCGCCGGGAAUUUUGUCUACAACACUCGUAACAAGGAUCCAAAUGCUAGAGCGCAAGCGACGGAACAUCUGCUAACAUGUAUUGCAGAUUAUCGUUCGAUUGCUGAUUCGCUGCCCCCUGGCUUGAAAGAGGAGGUCAACAAUGAAUGCGGUAAAGCUGAGCAGUGGUUGAAUGAUCACUCUCCUCAACAUUAUUCAUCUCCCAAUAAUAUUGACCCCUUACUCUGGCCCGAAUUUGUUAAAUUCUCCGUGGAGUCUUUAGAGAGGAGGUGCGAACACAUAAUGAGGUCCAAUCCGGCAUCUCAUAUGGACAAAGGCAAGGGCAUGCAAGUCGAUUAAUGAUGUAAAUCUCUUUGGAUUUGUGGGAUGAUCAAACACAGUAUGGAGGUUUCUCUUCACAUAUGGUGACUUGGCUUAUGGACAAAGGAAAGAUGUUUCAACUCCCAUCAUCUUUGGUUCCACUUUUGAAACUUGACACUACAUGUGUUUUCUAUGUAUAAAGUUAUGUAUGGGUUCAUUUGGUCAUCUCAAAUUAGUCAACGGACCAAAACGGGCAACCAUUACAAAACUUUCAACUUAAAAACAAUCCAAACUCUCAA